AUGGCCAAAUAUCCUUUAACGCUGGCCGAGGUAAGUUGUGAAACAACAUUCAUUCAGAUCCAACUAACAACCAACUUGGUUUCUCGUAAAACUUUAAACAAAAGUGAACGCAAUUAUACUAUUUGGCAAUAUGUAAACACUAUAUUUCUCACUUUAGGACGGAGUGUGUAAACAAAUAAUUGACAGACUUGGGAACUUAUCAACUUUUAAAAUAAAAUUCUGCCAGAGCGAGAAAUUCAGGCUGUAAUUGAGAGCAAGGUACUUCAUGUUCGCGCAGUUUUUAUAAUAGCUGUGGUCACACUACAGACUUUUACCUAGGUAAAAGCAAUUUACCUAGGGUAAAUUCAUCAAAAAUUUCCCGAGGUAAAUUCAUCUCGGGUUUUGUUUUACCUAGGUGAAAAAUUCUGGGAAGGUCACACUACUGAUAUCGGCUCCCAAGGUUUUCACGCCAGUUGAAUUUUUUGGAGCGUAAAUUUAAGAAGGCAAGAUGCGCAGGGAUCGAGCUGAUCAAAGAGACGCUUUUUUUUCUUUUAUCUUGCUGUUAUUUCUUACGCUAAUUCAACGUGCAAGGUGAAGAAAGCCGAAGACGUAGACCACUCGUGUCCCCAAAAUUUCUUUCACAGCGUGAGCUAUGUCCGGUUCUGUCAUCAAGACCUUCGCCGAUGAGCGUCGAUUGGCUAGCAACCUCGGUAUUUCAUUUUUCCCUAGCUAUUGCUUUGGGGUAGCUGUCAAGGGAAACUCUAUUGUUCUCGAGACAUAUCCAAGCCCCAGACGAUAAAAUUUCCCCGAGGUAAGUUACCUAGGGAAAAAUCGGUCACACUUUAAAAAUCAAGUUUCCCUAGGUAAACUGUCAACAAGUCGAAUUUACCUAGGUAAAAAGUCUGUAGUGUGACCACAGCUAAUGAGUUACUUUGAUAUGGGUUAAAAUAAAAUUAGACCGCAAAGCCACUGAGCUUCCGGAGUUGUCUAAUGGAACUGAUGAAAGUAAAGUUAUUCCUUCACUUAGAAAGAGCAGUUUUAACACAAAAAGUAUAUUCCACUGCGGGAAAGAAACACCUGUUCAUACUGCCAGUUAGCAUUGAGUCAAACAGAUCAGGUUUGGUUGACAACACAGUUUUUUAGAAUACGCUGUGGCUAAUUAUGCCCAGCAGCCGGGAAGGCUCUUUAGCAACUUAAUGCUCGGUAGUCACAAAAGUUUCUAGAAUUUCUGCAAAAUCCCUUUUUCUAAUCGUUUGAAAGUAUUCUUUCUUCAUUUAGAAUAACUAAGCGAUCAAGAAAACAAAACUGGCUUCACAUUUGAGCAGUUGUGGUUCCUCGGGCAUAGAGUAGAGUCGACACUGUUUCGACACUUAGAAAAAUUUCGUGAGUUAGCAGCGCGUGACUCCCGGGCACGAUUUCACACAGGCUAAAUACCCUAGACUCUCGACACAGCUUGAUAUACUGGUGGGGCUGCUGAAUCUUGGGAAAGCGUUCCUCUAAUUUUGCAAAAUAUUCCAUCAUGGUUUAGAAUUGGUGAGUGACGAGAAACGACAGAGUUUUUAGCCAGAGGUUAGGUAUCACCCGGUUUUAACUUACCCUAGCAUAUGUUGUGGUUGAGUCACGGGCGGGUUUCACUUCAGUCUAAAUGCCAGGCACUCCGAUUUGACUAGGGAAUUUCAACAUUAAGUGUCUGUUUAGUCCCCAUUGAAAGUAUUUCAUCGACCUUCAGAGAAGCCAGGCGGGUAGAGAAAGUGAAAUAAACGUUUAAACAUAUACUAAAGCAGACUGCCGGGUAUUUAAAACGUGCCUGGGAGUCACGCAUUGUUUCUCACGAAAUUCUCUGUGUCGAAACUGCGUCGACUCUAUUGUGUGCCCAAGAAACCACAACCGCUCAUCUGCGAAGCUACUCUUCUUUUCUGGAUCGCUUGGUAAUUCUAAAUGAAGGUAGGAUACUUUAAAAGAUUAGAAAAAGGGAUUUUGCAGAAAUUCUAAAACAAAUUUCUGACUGCCGGGCAUUUAUUUGUUUUACAGUGCGACCGGGAAAACCGUGAACACUUGAAAUGUCUCAGGAAUGUGUAUUGUGUUAUGACCAAUCAACGCAAAGAUCACGACACGCGAACUAGCCACAAAACCACAAACUGGUCUUGCUUGCGGUUUAGCUUUCUCACGCCUGAUUGGCUUUUUUCUUGUAACACAAUCACAUUCCAGAAAUAUUUCUGGAAUUCUGGUGUUCACUGUUUUCCCGGUUUGACUGUAAAAUCCUUCCCGGCUGCCGGGCAUGUAGCCACAGCGUUUAGGACUAUGAUUAUAUUACGCACUUUGUGAGUAACUGGAUGGCUUCUAGCUCUAAAGAUGAGUUCAUACGGAACAUUCACAUCAUUCUGUUUAAAAUUAUAAGCAGUACCACAGUCAGUGCUGCUCGAUAACUUUAACGAAAAACUUCGUCUUGUCUAAGAAUUUUACAUGUUUACAUGUUACAUGUAAACAGACGAAAAUCAGAAUAUACAGUUUUCUGAAGUGAGAGUUGGUUUAAGUAAGUAGUUUUAAGUGUGGACAGUUAAUUAAAAUUUUGGCUAUAUGUUCUCUACGAUAAGCGAGUCAAAAUUUUAUUCACUGACUUUGUUCAGAUGCAACUUAAUACUUCUAAAUUUCUUCUCUAGAUCGCAAUGCCGUGACCCUUGAAAUUUUUUGUUCAAUUAAAAUAACUCCGAGACGUACCGGAACCAUUUUCUUUACAAGACUAACUUAGUUAAUAACAUUUGUUUUAGUGAGAUGUCACUGGCAGAGCUUGACUCUGCCCUCUAGUUUUUAGACUGAGCAGCCUUUUAAUUCAUCUUUCAAUCGACCGAAUAUACUCUGACUAAUAUAUAGAUUUAGCCAGAGCUAAAAGCGAAGCUCCCGUCUAUGUGUUUAUAGUUUACUUCAGACAAUGAACUUAGAACCAUUGGAAACGAAUCUACAAAUCUGUACUUAAUUUUAGGGAAGGACCGAGGACUAGCUGAAAAAACAUAAAGCCGCGAGCCUGUGAUCAGUUAAAAGCUAAUAACUGGUCAGCGAAAAACCUAAAAAAAUUGUGACCUCGAUGAGCUGGCACCUGAGCCAUUGCUACAGUCAUUUUAUUCUGGUCAGCAUACACCCUGAUUUGACAGCUGUCAAUUGACCAUAACAUGGAUAUCUAUUAUCAAGUUAAACACAGUUUAGAGGCUCUCAUAUAUUGUGCUAGCUAGAAAAUGUGACAUUUCCCAUUGGUUUCCCUGUGGUGCGGAUGGACGGACGGACGGACAUACAGUCACAUGACUACCAAAAUUUCUUGAAUGCGUAGAUAAACAAUUUUUUAUGGUGCUCCACUGUGCGCGCACUAGAGCUCCGCUAAAGAACAAUGAUUAUUACUGUAAGGUAACUAAAACAAUUGCUUUUGCAACACUCGUUAAACAAAAAUGUCCCUCCCAUCUAAAAGAGUAUCGUAAAAAGGCAAGCCAUGUGUCAGAUUUUGGGCAAUGAAUAUUUAAAACUUAUCAAGUAAACUUUCAAAUCCUCGAGGUGACAUUUGAUCAAGUUUCUUCCCUCCUUUUGGAUUGGACGAACUUCCCAUGGCUAACAACCAGGGUCCGUUUUAAAUCAACACGACCUGACGUUACUACUUACUAGGAGUGUCUGUAUCAGCUUCGUCGGGAGGGUAACUCUGAAAAAAAAGAGAGGGAGGGGGGAAUCUAGAAAAAGAACGCAACGAUAAAGAGAACAGAAACAAACAAGAAGGAAGUAACCAUUUAUACUGCACCCCUCCUUUUACGUAUUUAGAAUUUGUUUCCGCUUUACCAGUCUCGUAUUGCAGUUUUCCGUUUUUCCCCUCGCUUUUUCGCCCUAUUGUUUGCGGCGGAUAAGUCUGUUAAUCCGUAUACUAAACAGAUUUGAAAUUUAAUUUUUUUAGUUGGAAGCUUUAGUUCUUCAUGUGAACACUGUUCUGGGUCGAGACAAUGAUCUGGACUGCAUGCCAAUCAAACCUCCUCAGAGACUCUACCAAGCACAGAAAAAUGGAGUCCUGUUUUGGUGAGUAAGGAAUGCUUCUUAGUGGAUGCCAUUUGCCAAGAUCUUGAUCAGCCAAGGGUAAAAAAAAUCAGUCCUGAGUUGUUGCAUAAAAAUCCUGAUUUUCUUUUCGUAAAAUAUAAUUUAUCAUGAUUGUGCCACUAAAAGAGACUUGAUUUCACUUUUCGCUAAAGCCUUCCCCAGCGAAAAACCGCGAUUAUGACAAUGGUCUCACCAUGGAAAACCGUGAUCGUGAUCAUGAUCUGAGCAUAAGAAACCGUGAUUAUAAUAAUGGUUUGACCACGAAAGCCGUGAUAACGACUAUGAUCUGACCAUGAAAAACCGUGAUUAUGACCAUGAUCUGACCAUGAAAAACCAUGAUUGAUCAUGAUCUGACCGUGUAAAAACUGUUAUUGACCAUGAUCUCACCAUGAAAAACCGUGACCAAGAAAAGCAGUAAUUGCGACUGUGGUUUGACCAUGAAAAACCAUGACUGUAACCUGACAAUGAAAAACCGUGACUGUGAUCAUGCUCUGACCAUAACAAGCCAUGAUUGUUACAACGGUCUGACCAUUUAAAAAUGUGUAAAUUAAAAUACCCCGGAUUUCGCCUAGUCCGAAAUGUCACACAUCUCCACCCCCUAACCCGUGGGGGGCGCAGGGGAGAGAGACGUCUGAAUUCCGAAUGAUAUAAUGUUGGUUGGUGACUUCUUCUACUUUUGCGAAUAUGUUAGGUAUUUUCUGACUGCUAUUACCUUUCCGAAAUUUAAAAAAAUUUUAAUUCCGAAAUUCUAGUCGCACGGCUGACAUUUCAGACUAAAAUUGGCCAUGAUCUUGCAAUGAAAUACUUUAGUUUUCUCAAGGAAAAUCCUGAUUUGAACAUGCUCUGAACCUGGAAGACCAUGAUUAUGACCAGUACCUGGCAAUGAAAAAACCACGAUUUUGACCAUGAUGCUAAAGGCGUCAUUUGGGUAACUAUUUACAUACAUAUUUAUAAAUUAAGUUUUACCCCUGCUUAUAAUUUUUAUCAGGCGGGGUUAGAUCAUGUUCUUAAUAAUCAAGAUGAUCAUCUUCUACCUCUCCUUCUUUCCCAUUUUCUUCCAGCAAACUAAUAAACCGAAUAAAAAGAGGAACUAUACCAAGCUCAAAAAUUAACAAACAGGUGAGGAACAUCCACCAAGCUCUUGAAAACCAGAAGCUCGUUAUAGAGGGCACAAGGAACAUUGGAUGCGAAAUACCCAACAUCAGUGCUGAAGACCUUUGGAGUGGAAGGGUUCGUUAAAUGUUUUUCAUUUACCUAUUUAACAACAAUUUCUCUUUUCUUUCCUUGGAUGGAAAUAAGAACAAAAGACAAGGUAAAAUGAAAGGUAAAGUGGCCGUUGCAAAGUGAAUUUUCUUCCAGGCCCCCAGUAGUUCAAAAGCUGGACAACGCAAUUCACCGGUUAAAUCACUAUCCGGUGGAUAAGUACUAAGCAAACCAGUUGCACUGUCUAGCACCGCGUAAUAGAGAUUUAUCUGGCCCCGGUUGUUGAAAAGACGGAUAGCGCUAUCCACUGGAUAAAUUACCAUCCAGCAGAUAAGCAUUAGGAUAACCAGUAUGCACUAUCCAGUGGGUAAAGAUUUAUCCACUGGAUAGCAUUAUCCACCUUUUGAAUAAAUGGGACCGGGUGGGUAACGUUUUCCACCUUUCGAAUAGCCUGCGUAACAGGCGCUUGGAAGUAGUGGGUACGAGAAAAAACGGGCACCUCGGGUGUCUCCCUCGCGCGCGCCCGUUCUCUCUUUCGUUCACUACUUCCAAGCGCCUGGUCUCAGAUCAGAGUUUAACAUUUGCCGAGCAAAGAGACAAGAAGAGACUCUUCAAGCUAAUGCAUCGCAAAUAGGAAUGUAUACAAAAAAAAGAGGUUUCUUUUGGUUUCUCUGAGGCUUAUGGUUGUAAGCCUGUAUACGAUAAACCAGAUAACCUUCUACAUAGAAAAACAUAUUACUACGUGUGGUGAGCUGGUGGUCAAGUUGAUGUUUGUCCAAUGCAUACCGUUUUUUCUGUAUCCCAGUAUUAUAUAGAGUUAGCCAGCGCUAUAAACGCAAUCCUCAGUGAACAAUCCGCCCUUUCUGAAAAUGGAGCAAAUUAGGGGUUGGCAAUAUUCUUUUUAGGUUUUUCAAGAUUAUCUUUAUGCUGAACUUGUCGCUAACAAAUUUAUUUUUGUAAACCUCAGGAAGGUAAAAUGGCGGUGUUACAUAGUUUAUAAAACUCACGUAUUUCUUUUCAUCAGGAACAUCAUGUUUUGGAAAUUCUAUGGCAAAUCAUCCGAGUAAGUGGGAUUUUUUAUUUUUAAACGUUCUAAUUAGGUGUCCCAGAAAAGUAAAGAAACUGAGACAAACCCCUCAAAAGCAUGUUGUAUUCCCAGAAAAGGAAUGCAAUACUCUUUACUUUGAACUAUCUUUAAAAUAUGUUUUGACCCGUUUGAUUUAAUUAGAAACGUUUUACUGUCAAGAGAGAUUUUCAAACUGUCUUAUUUUCUAUAACAAUUGUUAUUUAUAGAGGAGAAGUCGUUGCGUCACGUUGCCAUGGCAGCAAAAUUUCUGAAUCUCAACGAACCGUAGUCCUACAAAUAUGGCAGGAAAAAAGGACAAAAAUGGACAUGUAUGACUUUCCUGUGCAUGAUUGCACUUGAGAACAAAACAGCAGCCCAUACUUUUCCUUUGUCUCUUCCAUCGUUUCACAAUGAGAAAAGGCCGUCUCUGUCAAGAAAUAUUGUUGAGAUCCAGAUAUUUUGCUACCAUGGUAACGUGACGUCACGCUUCUCUUUAUUGUUAGUUGCGAAUUAGUCAAAUUCCGUUGUAAUUGUCUUUGUGUUAAGUUGUGAGUCACUGUUGAUUUGUUUCUUUUCCAGGUUGGUUUGCUGUCGCAAGUGAACAUUGAAGAGCAACCUAAGUUAGCUCUGCUGCGCAAGUCCGAAGAGGACUGGGCAGAGUUUGCCAAGGUGACUAUUACUGUUUCUUUGCUGCUCUUACUGUUCUUAUCACUGAGUUUGUCUCAAUCAACAUAUCCUGCGAACAGGCUCCCAAGUGGAAUUGGGCGAAAAAGAAAAUCUGCGAUCGAAGCGAGCCUCGCGUGGCCUGGGGGAAAAAAGGCAGGGCAGCCCGUAGCUUGUAGACAGAUUCUGGUAUCAUCAUCUGAUUGGUAGGGCCCGCUAACUGUUGACAAGUGAGCGAUGAACAUAUAUAACCACGUGUGCGACAGGUCUAAUUACUUUAUUGACAUCUAUAUAAUUGACAUAUUCGUUGCAGGAUAAUUGCAAGUGGACAGAUGAGCGGCAUCAAACAGGUUUACAGGUUCUCCCGCCUUUUUUCCCCUAGACCACGCUCGGCUCGCUUCGCUCGCCCAAAUUCGUUUUCGCCCUACUCCACUUGGGAGCCUUUUCACAGGCUAAAUCAACAAUAUUAUAACCUUAACCAUGAUUUCAUUUCCUCUUUUUAAGCUACCGCCAGAAGAGCCCCUUAUCAGAUGGGUCAAUCAUCAUUUGAGGCGUUCAACAUAUAGAGGCCCAGAUAUGACGAACUUCGACAGCAGCUUAAGGGUAUGCACCACCAAAAAACGGUUACCUGGCUUUGAAUAUUUAAUGUAUUGAUACAUUGUAUCCGCCACUUAAGAAACGAGAGGGUGACUGGAGCCCAAAUGUGUCCUGCAAUUGUUUCUGAGUGCGUCACUGGCCGUGCCGGUCAGCUAUAGCCCAACCCCGGGGGAGGGACUCCGCAUAUGAAGGUGGUACGGAUGCUCGUCGGAAAUUUUGAAUUAAACCCCUAAAAGAGACCGAUCUGGGCGUGGUCCAAGCUUUUUUUGACCCCUAAAAGAGACCAUGUUAAAACAUCGACAAAUAAAAACAAUGGACAAAGACGUCUUCUUUAGGUAUUGAUGUUAUAGAAAACUUAAAUUAUAUGAAUGGAGUCAAUAAAACGAAUUAAAAAUAUACAUAUAAAACAUAUGUUUUUAUAUUUUUUCGCGUGCAACCCUAAAAGAGACCUUCACGGCUAAAUAUGAUGGCGUUUUGCCCAGAACACUCUAAGUGAGACCAAAAUCCGAAAUUUACACCCCUAAGGGAGACGACGAGCAUCCGUACCACCUUCAUAUGCGGAGUCCCUCCCCCCGGGUGCCCAACCUUUUUUUCCCCUGACCGUAGAAACAGUCCCAGAAGUCUUUGCCAACGUUAACUUCGACCAGUUUUUUUCCUAGUUUCUAAAUUUUAUAAUUAAGUAUUGUAUAACAUUUCUAAUUGGAUAACGUUUUUGAUACCUACUGCCACUGGGCUUAGAACACAGGGAAAGUGCUGCUAGCUGUUACGGGGCCGUAGCAUUGGGAACGGCCGGAGGGCCCCCAGUUUAUUGCCUCAAAAAGUCAAAACAUGCACGAAUAAAAGUUGAAAAUAAAAAUUCAUCUCCCAGGGCAUCGAAACAAUGAUGUCUCUGUAGCUAAGUGAAACAUUUUCUGGUCUAAAGAUAGAGAUACCAGUCCAGUGGGUCCUCCAGACCCCAAACCGUCUGCUUUCAAAUACAAUGAGCUACCUAAAAUCUUUGUGUCCCCCCUAGUUUCUAAAGGGUCGCCCAGCUGUAAAAUUAAACAAUAAGAUAACUAAUACUGAGCUUUUCAGCUCUGUUUAUACUAAGCACAACCUAUAAUACUUUGGUGUACUCGCGUCGAGUUGCUUGUUUUUCUUCCAUCUGGAUUUUAUGGUUAAACUGGCUGUUCUACGACCAUUUUUCUCUUUUAACUUCCUUGAGAUGAUGUUUACUGUUUUGUUUGUGAAUGCAGGAUUCAGUCAUCUACUGUUACCUUUUGCAUCAGCUGGCCCCAGAAAGGUGCGGAUUUCAAUUUCAAUCUAUGAUUGCCGAUUUUUGUUUUUAAUUUUAAAGUUUCCCCAGUAGAUUUUUGCUCAGAUUAUUGAAGAUUUUCUUGAUAAUUUCUCAACCAAUAAAUAUUUUUUCAUUUCAAAGGAAGUUAUUUGAUUUUAAUAUUUAUUAUUCCUCAGAUGUAACCUCUCUCCUUUGGGUGAACAGGAUCUCUUUGUCAGAGCAAACAAAGUCCUCAUCAUGGCAGAGCUCAUAGGAUGCCGAAAAUACCUUACUGCGCAUGAACUAGUUAAGGUGCUUGAUGCAAUUGUAAAAUGCCUUUUAAAAGACUAGAUUGAAAGUAGUGAUAGCUGAACAAUGGACAAGUUAUGGAUGUGCAAAUAAACUUAAUGGACACUUUUCACUCCAUAGGGUAAUCCGCGCCUCAACUUGGCUUUCUUGGCAAACUUAUUUCACGUGAGACCAGGUCUUGAGUGUCAUUACAGUGAUAUGGAUAACUUCAGACUUACGGAAGAACUCAACAUGGCUCUUAGCAGGUAUUGCAGACUUACGUGAUCUUGCAGCUUAGUGAAUAGUGACUGUUUCUUAACCCACCUGUUAGGUUCAGUUUCUAGCCGAUUCUCGAUGUUGUCAAGGGAAUACGCAAGAUUCUCCGAAGGGCAAAACAAAACUGUUUCGAAAAGGACCAGCCAGGAAUUCAGUGUAUUGUGAUGCAACCGCGGACAAACGAUUGACAUUCAAAUUUGCAAAGGUUAUUAGAAAGAAACCUACGGAGGAUUCUAGGAUUCUGAAUUUAAUUACUAUCACGUGAUCGCGAAUCAGCCAAUGACAGUCAGAGUAUUGUCUAGAAAAUUGUCAGCCCUUUGAUUACAAAUUUUGCUUCAUUGGAAAGAUCAUAGGGGAAUUAACUAUCUCUGAAAAUAUAUAUGUUCGAUAUGUCAGUUAUGUCUGGAUUUUUUUCCAGACAUAGCUGAUAUAGCUCAUUAACAGACUUUAUCAACCAGCAUAUACUCAAGUUUUUGAAGCCUUUUCUUCCACAUUUCCGGCGUAUGCUUCAUGUGAUGUGAUAUAAAGUAGUUGGUGCGAAAUCAACGAACCCUGAUCGUUUUAUUUCAAGGUGUCAUUUCGUGGAAGAAGAACGAAAUGUGUUGCUUCAAGUGAGAAGAGAGAUGUCAGAAGAGUUUAAAGACUCGCGGAAGAAGCUGGAAGAUAGUUUAAGAGAACUGGAGAUUAUUAAAAGAAAGGCUUUGAGGCUGGAAGAUGAAAAUAAACAUCUUGUAAGUUUCAUAACCUCACUUAUAGCACUUAUCACCAUGUCUUUUGUCACUGAAAAUGACUGCUGGCAUAUUGAAUUAUAACUUUUGUUGGCCCAAAUUUAUUGCCAAAACAUGCUCACUACGUGAUCAUGACUUAGGUGAGAAGCAUUUUCAUCAUAUGUCUCUCAUCGCUCGCCGCCAUCGUUGACCUUCCGCGGAACGGCUAUUAUUCGCAGAUUUACUUUGUCACAUUUUUUGGAUUAAAACAUGAACAUGACCGUUUGUUGGAAGGACACAUUUUUUUCCAGAUUAAAAUCAUGAACAUGACCGUUGUGGUUGGAAGGACUUUCAGUCAAAAACCACACUCGUUUGAUAUGUAUUCUCAGACACAUUAUGUUGCUUAAAAAGCCCUCUUCUUCGUAUUCGCUUUUAAAAUUUUUUACGUCAUCAGUCAGUUAGUGGUGCACCCCUCCUAAGAAAAAUCCUGGAUCCGCCCCUGAUUUAUGUACGUACUUUUAUUUUUAAUUUCGUUUCUUACUUAGACUGGUGUGGAAGAAAUGCAUCAGCUUUUAAAAGCAGAGAAUUCCCUCUUUCAAAGUCAACUUGAUGACAUGAAAGCCCUGUUGAAGGAUUCACAGGCGACAAUAAAAAAUCAGGAAAUAACGAUUAACAGUUUAAAAACGGAAAAGGAGGUGGGUCAAACGUUUUGUUCCUAUAAUGAUGUGUGCACUCGAGCCUGUUUAUUUAAAACGGACACUGGACUGUGCGUUCCCAGAACCUCACACCACUGUUAAAGUGGAUGUGCUAUCCUUUAUCCGGGUUCGUAGAAGCUAAAAGGACCUCUCUUAAGCGGAUGGUGCAACAAAAAAUGUUAAAAUCUACCGAGUAAAAGUUCCUAUAUUCCAUAUUCGAACAGAAAACUAACUGUAAUGAAGACAACAGCAAUGUUUAAUAAGUACGAGUCUAGUUAUUUCAGUCAUUUGGUUAUCUACGUCCUAGUGUAAAUCAAUUUUGGGCCCGUGGCCCCAGUUUUUCAAAAGGUGGAAUGCGUUAUCCGCUGGAUAAAUCACUAUCCACUGGUAAAAGUAAUUGGUUUUCGCAGGAGCCGCUCCUGCUUUUCGUAUGUUCGCUGGAUAACAAUUUAUCCGAUGGAUAUAGCGCUUUCUAACUUUCAGACCGAGACCUGCUUUCUAGUAGAGUUUGAGGUUGCAAAUGGACACCGAAAGUGUACCACUACGGAAGGUUACUUGGCACUAGUAAGAGUAGUUAUCUAUUUGCCGCGUAAAACAGGAUCCGUGUUUUGUCGUGGAACUGAACUUAGUACGGUUUUGGUGAAAAAAAUCGUGACCAAGUGAUAAACUCUCUUAGAAACAUAAAGAUGGUAUCUGCCGGCAUGCCAGUCUGUAAAUGUAUGUACAACUUCUAUAUUUCUAUUCUUCUUAUUAUAUUUCAUCUUUUUAUCCCUUUCGAUCUUAAACUGUACUUAUAGGUAUUGAUAAAAGAAUACGAGGAUAAAUUAAACGAGCUUCAAAGCAAGAUUUCUACAAUUUCAAGAAAGCAGACAACUAUGGUUCUUCAAAAAGAGGCUCUCACAUAUGAGCGAGACGUAAGUAGAAGGAAAAUCCCCAGAAAACCUAAUAAAGCCGUUAAAAAAAAGAGCUUCUAGGGACAAACAAAGGGAGGGCGGAGGUGUUUCUGAAAUAACGACAUUCGCGUACGUUAAUUUUGUAGCCGUUUACACACAAACCUUUUCACUCCAGUUUUGGGGAGCUUAUGAGGAAACAGAAGAGUCAUUUUUUAUCUGGUUAUAAAGCUUGCAAUCUUUCCGAGUGUUUAUAUAAUGUAAGAGUACUUAAUAGUAUAUACUUUUCAAAUUUUAAAACGAUUUUUCUUUUUUGUUUGCUUUUAUCGUAACAGCUUCUAAAACGGAAACAUGACAAAUGCGAAGCGGAGAACAAACGACUCCAAACU